AUGAACCCGCAAUGUUCUAAAUGUAAAGCAGCAAUUAGGAAAUAUAACUACUCCGUCAAAGAGAUAGAAAGAAUGAGAAACGACUAUGCAGACUUAAAGAAAGAAGCAGAAAAGCCAGCAGAAGAUAAAAUGAACAUGUUAGAAUUUCUGAACAAAAACUAUCCAACUGCUGACGAUUUCCUUCUAUCUGACGUCAAGAAGAAGUAU